GUCAAGUAUUUGAGCAGCAAUCUUGUGACAGCACUCACAGAGGAAGGACAUUUGAUUCGGAAGUCUCUUUAUACAUCAAACUUAAAAUAAGACAGAUCCCAGAUAUGAAGGUUUGUACCUGACCACUACUUGGAUCCCCUUUCAGCCAAGUCCUAUCUAGUUAAGGGUGAGUAAAGCCUGAAAGUUCACAUAUCUGUAAGCAGCAGGGCUAAGAGUUUUAAGGUUCCAUGUCGAGGGACACGUUUCCGUUCACCUCCACCUCCCUGCGCUCCCUGAGACUGGACCAGGAGUUACAGGAGUGGGAGGAUGCACGGCGGGCUCUGGCCGAGAGGAGAGCCCUGACCAGGGCCCCCCUGCCUCGGGCCCCCAGGCCUCCUCCGGCCAGGCGGAAGCCCCUUCAGGAGGUCCGAGCCCCUCCCCCCCAGCUCCGCUGCAGAGACCCGGCCGUUCACAACACCUUCAUGUGCGGGGACAUGAAAGGCGUGUACGCCGUCCUCAAAGACCCGGCCAUGGUCAACGCCCUGAUGGAGACGGUGCACGAGGAGAUGGUGUGGGCUCCAGAGAUGGGUCUGUGGACGCUGAGCUCCAAGGUGAAGCAGACCUCCGCCCUGCGGCUGGCCGCCGGCCGGGGGCACGCGGCCUGCGUGGAGGAGCUGCUGUUCCGGGGGGCCGAGGUGGACGACGACCCCGGCGGCAGCACCGCCCUCCACGACGCCUGCGCGGGCGGCCAUUCCGUCUGCGUCCGGCUGCUGCUGACCCACGGAGCCGAUCCUGAAGUGCUGGCGUCAGAGGGGAGCGCUCCUCUCCACCUCUGCACAUCUGCCCAGUCCCUUCAUUGUGCUGAGCUGCUUUUGGAGGGAGGUGCAGACAUCAACGUGAGGACCCGGGAGUCGAGGCUCACCCCCCUGCACGUGGCCGCCCGGCGGGGCCUGGAGGAGCACGUGGAGCUCUUCCUCCGCCACGGGGCGGAUGUUUUAGCCACAAAUCGAGAGGGCGAGACGCCCCUGAACGCGGCCUGCUCCGGAGCGGAGAGGCCGUCCGAGGCCGGGCGGUACCUCCGGGUGGUCCAGAAGCUGCUGGACGCCGGCGCCGAUCCCCAGACGGCCGGCAGGAAGCAGCACACCCCGCUGCACAACGCCUGCGCCAACUGCUGCCCCAGGAUUGUGGAGGUCCUCCUGAAGCACGGAGCAAAGCCCGACGUGGUCAACUGUGCAGGAUACACGCCAAUGGACUGUUUACUGCAGGUGGUGGAGGAUUAUCCAAACCAACAACCUGAGGCGAUAGCGCGGUCACUUCUGAACCACGGAGCAACACCGGUUCCACCAAAGAUGCUGAGGCAGUGCGUCCUCUCUCCGGCCACUCUGGAGGUGAUGCUGAACUCGUACCUGUCCGUGCCGGCCUGUGACUGGAUGGACUCCCUGUCUGCGGAGGCCUUUGAGGACCAGCCGUUCCUCCUGUUGGUGCGCCAGCGGAGCGCCCAGCCCCGCUGUCUGCAGCAUCUCUGCCGCUGGGCUUUGCGUCGGCACUUGGGAGCCCGGUGUCACUCGGCGGUCACCGAACUGGACAUUCCCAACUCGGUCAGGGAUUAUCUGCUGCUGCGUAACGACGGCACGCUCCAGUGAAUCGGUUCUGUCCGUGCAAUCAAAUAAUGUCAUCAUCCUUUGGAUGAUUAACUGCGAACUCUUUGUUUCCUCUUUGCACAGUUCUUCUUUUCUUAAUUAUAGUGAGCUUCAACCACAUUAACAUUAUAUUCCCACUUAAGCGGAUGGCGAUAAAAUCGAUCUCUAAUUCCCAGAACUGUAAAUAAAAAGUCACAAACCAUUUCAUUCAUUUAGAUGUUCAUCCUGGCAGAAAUAUUAUACAUCAACCCUGCUAGCUGCUUAUUCAAAGAUCUUCUCCAGUAUUUUGGUCCCGUCUGCUCUUCUACUUCAGCCACUCUUGUAAUUUUCUGUUUUCCUCUGUGGGUAUUUACCAUUUAUCAUUAUUCAAGCCCUCUAUAUUUUUCUUCCUGAUCCUGGAAAAUCCUCCAGUCCUGCUUCAGAGAAAUUGCCUCCACAAUGUACGGCUGUCACCAGCAUGUUUUUCUACAGUGAUGCAUUUGGAGGUGAAAUAUAGCUGUUUUAUGUUUGUUUCAUUAGAUCAGAGGUUUUUCUUACAGAUUAAAAGACGCCCUGGAGCCUUACAACAAAGUGCCACGAGUCUUUGAGUCUUUUGUCUGUGAAUUUAAAUGUAAUAACUAAUUGGGUGAGCCAUGCAUUGAUAAUUUCAAUUCCUUAAUACUGUCUUAUCUCCACAAAAGGACCUUGGAAGCCAUUCAAAUGGGCUGUAAGUCAUAGAUAACUCCGUCUGGCUGAUAACCUACAAAAGGCGUGUUGGUAGCUGCAGACUUCCUACACUUAGAUGGAGGUCAGCUUGUUUUUACUGCUUUCCUUGUUUCUUUGAAAGAUUGUUGACCUAAUAAAUGGGACUGAUGUUUGC